ACUGUGAACGCUCCACCACCGUUCCUUAGUAAGACGUAUGACAUGGUGGAUGACCCGGCCUCUGAUGCGAUCGUGUCUUGGAGCCCAACCAACAAUAGCUUUGUGGUUUGGAACCCUCCAGAGUUUGCCAGAGAUCUCUUGCCUAAGUACUUCAAGCACAAUAAUUUCUCCAGCUUUGUGAGGCAGCUGAACACUUAUGGUUUUCGAAAGGUGGAUCCAGAUCGAUGGGAAUUUGCAAAUGAGGGCUUUUUAAGGGGUCAGAAGCACUUGCUUAAGAGUAUUACUCGACGAAAACCUGCCCAUGGCCAUAAUAAUCAACAAGUACAGCAGUCACAAGGACAUAGUUCUUCAGUAGGGGCAUGUGUAGAAGUGGGGAAGUUUGGACUUGAAGAAGAGGUUGAGAGGCUUAAAAGAGAUAAGAAUGUGCUCAUGCAGGAGCUUGUGAGGUUGAGGCAGCAGCAACAGACCACUGAUAACCGGCUGCAGACAAUGGUUCAGCGCCUUCAAGGAAUGGAACAACGACAACAGCAAAUGAUGUCAUUCCUUGCCAAGGCUGUACAGAGCCCUGGCUUUUUUGCUCAGUUUGUGCAACCAAACGAGAGCAAUAGACGCAUAACUGAAGCCAACAAAAAACGGCGGCUUAAGCAGGAAGGUAUUGCUGAAACAGAGUGUUCUACUCCUUCUCCUGAUGGACAAAUUGUUAAGUAUCAACCUCUUAUGAAUGAAGCGGCAAAAGCAAUGCUAACGAAGAUAAUGAAAUUGGAUGGUUCACAGCUGGAAUCUUUUAAUAACAACCUUGAUAACUACUUGAUUGGGGAUGGAUCAUCAUCAUCCAGUGCAAUGGACAGCAGUAGCUCUUCAAGCUGGACUUCUGGAGUUACACUCCAAGAGGUCCAACCAACUUCUGUGCAGUCUUCUCACAUUCCAGCUGCAUCAGGAGCUUCAGGGCCCUUAGCUGACAAAUCUGAAAUCCCAUCUACAAAAACUGCACCUGCUCUCUCUGCUUCUCAGGUAGGCGUCAUAAUACCUGAGCUUUCGCCCAUACCAGAGAUGGUGACAGAAAAUGUUCUUGAAGAAAAUUAUGUCAGAUCUGCGAUGGACAAUUCAGAUCCUACUUUUGGACUGAAUGAGUCAUUGACCCCUGAUGUUGGUAGCAUUUCUCCUGAUGCAGACAUUGAUGAUUUGUUACGCAAUCCUUCCUUUGGGAUGAUUUUCUUUGCAAAGUCCAUUACUGAGGAUAUUGAGAUCAUUGCUGCUGAAGCAGUGUCCAAUGAGGUGCAGCCAAUGGAAGACGGUUGGGACAAAGCUGAACACAUGAGCCAACUUACAGAGCAGAUGGGUCUUCUUUCUUCUGAUCCAAGAGCAGGUUGAUUGUCUUUAUUAGGAAUGUAGAUUGUAGAUUAAUCUUUCAUGUCGACUAUAGUAAAUCCUCUUCCAAACAAUACAUCAGUCAUGUGUAUGACAUAAUUCCAUCUCCACUUGCCCACCUUGAAAGCUGAUGCUUUUCCUUUGCAAA